ACGUAAGAUGUUAUAUGAUGCUCUAUUGUGACAUCUGUUAUUAAUAUAACGCGUGGACAAAUCUCAAUCAAGUCUAGAGAAUUUACGCGGACAUUUUAUUCAGACAAUGAAUCUCCGCUAUAUAAAAAGAUAUUUGAAAAGAGGAAUUAUCAUUUCUACGGUUACUUUAUUUGUUACUAGAUACUUUUUUCUGCCGUCUUCCAUACACAAUUCUAAUUUUCCGAAGGACAUGGGAAAUUUCAAGGAGAGAAUGACAGGAUAUAACUUCUCAAGAAAUCAACAAGAUCUUAGUCGUGGAAGCAACGGUGGCUUAGAUUACUCUGGAUCCAUAAUUAAGCCUGCGGAGGACAUAACUGCUCCAGGAGAACUGGGUAUACCUGUUAGAGUGAAUAAAACACAGUUAAGUCCAGAAGAAAAACUGGUGUAUGAAAAUGGUUGGAAAAUACACAAUUUCAAUGAGUUUGUCAGCAAGAAGAUAUCAGUACAGCGUACUCUAUUGGACUCCAGAGACAAAGAAUGCCUUACAAUCAAAUACAGCAAUGAUUUACCGGUAGUCAGCGUGGUGAUUACAUUUCAUAACGAGGCUUGGAGUGUGCUACUUCGCAGUAUCUACAGUAUAAUAAAUCGAACACCUCCUUCAAUUUUAAAAGAGAUUGUCCUCGUGGACGAUUUUUCAACUAUGGAGCAUUUAAAGGGUCCAAUGGAAGAGUUUCUGACCAAACUGAAGAAAGUCAAACUAAUUCGAGCCCCGGAGCGACAGGGCUUGACACGAGGGCGGAUCUUGGGAUACAAGGUGGCGGUUGGGGAUGUUGUCGUAUUUCUUGACUCUCAUAUAGAAUGCUCCGAAGGGUGGGUAGAACCCCUGAUAGACCCAAUAGCCAGGAACUGGACCACGGUCGUGACCCCUGUUAUUGACGUCAUAGACAGCGAUACUUUUGAGUACUUCUUUCUACCUGCCGAGACGACUAGCGUCGGUGGAUUUGAUUGGUCGAUGGCUUUUACAUGGCAUGGCAUCCCUGAAUCUGAAAAAAUACGUCGACAAUAUAAACAUUACCUUCCCGCCAGGUCACCGACAAUGGCCGGUGGUCUGUUCGCCAUCAGUAGAAAGUACUUUGAGCACCUGGGGACUUAUGAUGAAGGCAUGGAUAUCUGGGGAGGAGAGAACCUAGAAAUCUCAUUUAGGAUUUGGAUGUGUGGCGGGACACUUCUCACGGCUCCUUGUUCUCACAUUGGUCACGUGUUCCGGAAGACGCCACCAUACUUGAACAAAUCAAAUCCUAAUGUUGUGAGAAACAAUAAUGUGCGCAUGGCGGAAGUUUGGCUCGACGAAUUUAAAGAAUAUUUUUACCAACAAAUUAACUAUACCCUUGGUGAUUAUGGUGAUGUAUCGGCACGAAAGGCUUUACGAGAGAGAUUGAAGUGCAGAAGUUUUGACUGGUUCCUUACUAAUGUUUACCCGGAACUGAUUGUUCCCGCUGAAGCUUUAUAUUCAGGGGAGAUUAGAAGUAAGACACAACCCGUGUGUUUAGAAAGUUCCAACAGAUAUGGUGAGGUUAAUAAACCAUUACAGGUAUACCACUGUCAUGGACAAAAAGGAAAUCAGUACUGGUUAUACACACAAAAGGGAGAAAUACGUCACGAUUUACACGGCUGUAUAGAUGAUUCAGGGCAGGAAGUUGUCGUCAAUGGUUGUCAUGGAGACGGUGGAAACCAAAACUGGACUUACAAAGAUGACGGAACAAUUCAACACGUAAACAGUGAUCGAUGUAUAGAACUGUCAGAAGAUGGUCAGUCGGUCUCCAUGGCGAAAUGCCUAGGUACCGAUCGACAGCUGUGGAUCUGGAACCGAAAACCACCGAGAGGCCCCAAACGAAGUUCUGAUCCAGUUCCCUUGUUUUCUCUGCAGAGCUAAAAUUUUGUAUAAAUAGUAAAGAAUUGUGUAUUUUCUAAUAAAAAUAAAACUUUG